UCUGCCGGCAGAGAUCACAGGAUCUGCAGCUGGGACAGUGAGACUGUAUAGAAAAAACAGAAAGAUAUUUCUUCUGAGAGAUAUAAUUAUGUGUGAAAGCUAGAUUUUACAAGGUCUCUGUGUACUUCAGUAAAAACUUAAUAGAUUUUUUUUUUCAACACAUAAAGGACAUGUUCAGAUGCUGCAUCACCUUGUUUACUCAGAAGCCAAAGCUCAGAAAACCCAAAAGUACCAAAAUAGCUUAUUUGGGAUCAAACGGCUAUAUCUAUCAGGAAAGUUCAGCGGCAAUGGUCUGUGGCUACAAGGAAUAAGAGGACAUCAAUUAAUUAACUAAUGUGGGAAACCUUACAUGUUCGUCAUUCUUUGGAGUGAGGUGAUGGGGAAAUUGUAGGCUAAGACAGCAGGAAUAAACACAAGUGCACUUUUCUUAUUUGGAGAUGAUUGUGUUAUUUCUCUUGUUCUGUAUCGUGGAUGGAGAGGUCUCCCAGAUACGCUUUUCUGUUCCAGAGGAGCAGGACCAUGGCACGUUUGUGGGAAAUAUUGCAGAGGAUUUGGGAAUGGACAUAACAAAACUUUCAGCGCGUAGAUUUCAGACUGUGCCCAGCUCUAGGACUCCUUACCUCGAAGUGAAUUUGGAAAACGGAGUGCUUUUUGUGAAUGAGAAAAUCGAUAGGGAGGAGAUCUGCAAACAGAGCGCUACCUGCCUUCUGCACCUAGAGGUGUUUUUAGAGGACCCUUUAGAGCUGUUCCGUGUGGAAAUUGAAAUCGUGGAUAUCAAUGACAACCCUCCAAACUUCCCCGAAACCGAUAUUCUCGUAGAAAUCUCGGAAAGCGCCUCUCCUGGAACUCGCUUCCCGCUCGAGAGCGCAUUCGACCCAGACGUUGGCACCAAUGCACUCCGCACCUAUGAAAUCACCACAAACAGCUAUUUUUACCUUGAUGUACAAACACAAGGUGAUGGGAACAAGUUUGCCGAACUCGUACUGGAAAAGCCGCUGGACCGGGAGCAGCAAUCAGUACACAGGUAUGUAUUAACUGCGGUGGAUGGUGGUCUGCCUCAGAGAACCGGGACGGCGUUGCUUGUCAUUAAAGUGCUAGAUUCCAAUGAUAAUGUUCCGGUGUUUGAUCAGUCUGUGUAUACUGUCAGCUUGCCUGAAAACUCUCCAGUGGGCACGCUGGUCAUUCAGUUAAAUGCUACGGACAUGGACGAGGGACAGAAUGGUGAAAUUCUGUAUUCGUUUAGUAAUCACAUAUCCCAGAGAGUAAAGGAUCUGUUUAAUAUUGACCCAAGAACUGGCAGAGUGGAAGUGAGCGGGGAGGUUGACUUUGAGGAAAGCAGCGUGUAUCAAAUCUACAUACAAGCGAAGGAUUUGGGACCUAAUGCUGUGCCAGCUCACUGUAAAGUUGUGGUUAAAGUGAUAGAUGUGAACGAUAAUGCCCCUGAGAUCAGUUUCAGCACCGUGACCGAAUCAGUGAAUGAAAAGGCUGCCCCGGGCACUGUGAUCGCUUUGCUUAGCGUAACGGAUAAGGACUCCGGGGAAAAUGGACAGAUCCACUGCGAAAUUCUGGGAGACGUACCUUUCAAGCUCAAAUCUUCUUUUAGCAACUACUAUACUAUUGUUACUGAUGGACCUUUGGACAGGGAAAUCGCUGAUUCCUAUACAAUAACAGUUGUGGCAAAAGACAAGGGAUUCCCUUCCCUAGCCACAAGCAAGUCCAUUAAAGUGCAGGUGGCAGAUGAAAAUGAUAACGCUCCGAGGUUUACGCAGGAAAUCUAUGAUGUAUACGUGACUGAAAAUAAUGUGCCAGGAGCUUAUAUUUAUGCAGUAAGUGCGAAAGAUCCAGACAUCGGGCAAAAUGCAUAUAUUGUAUACUCCAUAUUGGAGUGUGACAUUCAGGGUAUGUCUGUUUUUACCUAUGUGUCAGUCAACUCUGAAAACGGCUACCUGUAUGCACUGAGAUCGUUUGAUUAUGAAAUGUUAAAAGACUUUAGCUUCAUGGUGCAAGCAAAAGACUCCGGCAACCCUGAAUUAUCUGCUAAUGCUACAGUGAACGUUGUCAUAGUGGAUCAAAAUGAUAACGCACCUUCAAUCGUUUCCCCACUUGGUAAAAAUGGCACCGCCAAAGAGCAUUUACCCCGUUCUGCAGAACCUGGGUAUUUGGUGACCCGGAUAGUCGCAAUUGAUGCGGAUGAUAGUGAGAAUGCCCGUCUGUCUUACAGUAUAUUAAGAGGUAACGAGAUGGGAAUGUUUCGAAUGGAUUGGAGAACUGGGGAACUCAGGACUGCCAGAAGGGUCCCAAGUAAAAGAAACCCGCAUCACCCCUACGACUUGUUGAUUGAGGUAAGGGACCAUGGACAGCCACCUCUUUCAUCCACAGCCAGCAUUCACAUCAUGAUUGUGGACAGUGUCGUGGAAGGACGCAGUGGGGACCAUGGUUCAACUAAAACAAAGGAGACCUCUUUAGACUUGACUCUCAUUCUUAUUAUCGCACUGGGCUCCGUGUCAUUUAUAUUCCUCUUGGCUAUGAUCGUGCUGGCCAUCAGGUGCCAAAAGGACAAGAAACUGAACAUUUAUACAUGUUUAGCCAGCGACUGCUGCCUCAUCUGCAGCCCUUGCUGUAGCAGGCAAGCAAGAGCCAGGAAGAAAAAGCUUAGCAAGUCUGAUAUUAUGCUGGUGCAGAGCUCGAAUGUGACCAACACGACACAGGUCCCCGUGGAAGAAUCCGGGAGCUUCGGUUCCCAUCAUCAAAACCAGAAUUAUUGCUACCAGGUUUGUCUAACCGCGGAAUCUGCCAAAACCGAUCUGAUGUUCCUAAAGCCCUGUAGCCCUGCCAGGAGCACAGACACAGACCAUAAUCCCUGUGGAGCCAUAGUGACAGGUUAUACAGACCAGCAGCCUGACAUCAUAUCUAACGGCAGCAUAUUAUCAAACGAGACAAAACACCAGCGAACUGAACUCAGUUAUCUUGCAGACAGACCGCGGCGUGUAAACAGUUCUGCUUUCCAGGAAGCGGACAUAGUAAGCUCCAAGGACAGUGGGCACGGGGACAGCGAGCAAGGAGACAGCGAUCACGAUGCCACCAAUCGAGGGCAUUCUUCUGGAGCUGAUCUCUUUUCCAAUUGCACAGAAGAGUGUAAAGCCCUAGGGCACUCAGAUCGAUGCUGGAUGCCCUCUUUUGUGCCAUCAGAUGGCCGCCAGGCUGCAGAUUAUCGCAGCAAUCUGCAUGUCCCAGGAAUGGACUCUGUGCCAGACACUGAGGUAUUUGAAACUCAAGAGCAAACUGGGGAGAGAUCUUUCUCCACCUUUGGCAAAGAGAAGUCACAUCACGGCACCCUAGAGAGGAAAGAGUUUGAUGCACUUCUGUCUAGCACACGUGCGCCUUACAAACCACCUUAUUUGUCGCGGAAAAGGAUUUGCUAGUCCAUAUUGUGUGGACAUACCUGAGACGGCAUGAAUUUGCACAAUUAGUCGACAAACAAAAGCAUCAAGUUUUCAACUUCAUUAUCUUGGCCAUCCAGUUGUUCGAAACACUUGGCUUGUCCUGCCUUUGAAGGGACAGGAGAAAAAAAAUGAGCGAUGGCCAACACUAGGACCUUAUUGCUCUCAGCAGGCCUGAGAAAUGAGUUGAAAUGUGUGGAACUAUUAUAACGAAACUAGAGGUGACAGAGCUUACCUCUCAGAUCGGUGUGUGCCUGUUUACAGCACUAUGUAUAUCUUAUAUUGUCACUGAGCCCUUUAGAUGUUUAUAUUCACACCAAGAAGCCAAUUGUACAGAUAAACUAAAAAUGUGUGCAUUAUAAAUGCAAUAUCACUGUUUUAGACUGUUUUCUAUUACUUUUGUGUGGUCAGGUGUUCCCAGACUUAUUCCAACUUUACAAGGAAGAUUGUGACCAUGUUCUGUUCACCGAUCGAUCAGAACAGACCUACAACUUAAUCAAAGACAUUCAGUAGUUUAUAUCAUGUGUGCAUAGUGUUUACUGUACUAUUUCAAAGCUUCUAAAUAAAUAUCAAUAUAUAUAUAAAUAUAUAUAUACUUUUCUGAAAGUGUGGUAUCCAUUGGUCAGUUUCUUAUAUGCCAUAGAAUUUCAUAAACUGACAUCUGCUAUUUUAGAGGACUUACUGUAUUACAGGAGGUAUUCAUGUUGGAUCAGCCUUACUCUCACUUUCACCGAACUGCUAUUUUCACUUUUGGAAAUUCAUGUCAAUAAAAAAAUAUUUAGAUUUUACUCAUAGUAAUUCUGUGUUAUUGUAACCGAUAAACAUGAAGAAAAGGUGAAGGGAACCAUACGAUAAAAGGUAUAAACACAUAUUUGCACACACCCCCCCUCCCCCCCCCCCCUCCACACACACACAGUAUAUUCCAUAGGGGGUGAUUAAUAAACUGAUGAAUCCAGAAUGUUUUGGCUAAUGUGUUUUUGUUUCUUUGACACUUUGUAUGAUCCCAUUAGUUUUGUUUAGUUUUUUUUUUUUUUUUUUUUUUUAAUGUAAUCCCUUUUUAAGUCCUACAUAAGUGUUUAAAGUAGAGAUCCAAACCAGAUGGAAUUUGUCAUGGUUCUGACACAUUCCUCAUUACCAGAUCUUUAAUACCAUUACUUAACAUUGUAUUAGUUUUAUUCAUGUUGUUUUACACUAUGAACUAGCUAAGCAAACAUUGUGUAAAGCAAACAUUUAACUCAGUUGGCCAACUGAAUUUUAUGCAGCAGUAUCAAACACAGAUACAAAAUCUGUUUUACAUUUUUUUUAAAUUUUUUUAUUAUGAUGUACUUUAUUGCAACCAAAACAAAUAUGUAAACAGUUACUGAACUUAACUAAUACUUUUUUGUCCUGCCUAUAAAUGAGAACAUUCUCAUAACAUUUGGCUGACAUCUGAGAUAUUGGUCCAAAUGCCAGUGAAAACCUUAUCAUCAUUAAUCCUCUAUGAUUUACAUAGUAAUGUCACAGUAGUCUGGACUGUUGCUUUCACAGCUAAAUAAGCUAAUGUGUUUUUAACUUCUAUAUUUAAUAUUUUUGUGACAUUACUGGGUUGACAGCUUACAGGAUGUCUCCUAAAAAAUUGUUUAGUAGAGAAAAUCCAAUUUCUUUACUUAACAAAAAAAGUGUCAUUGAAUGCAAUACAUAUUUUAUAGAAAACAAAAAUAAUAAGCAGUAGGAAAAAAAGAAUAGUCUAAAGUUGUAUUUCUAGCAAGUAUUGGGGCCAUAAUGUAUGAACAUAUUUAAGUUUUUUAAUAAUGUAUAUAUUUUUUAUACUCAUGUCUGUAAUUCAAACCUAAACCUUAGAAUAUCAUCAAUAUUAAGAUUGCUUAUUGUAACAGAAAACUGGGUUCUAUCAGUGAGCAUCACCUUAAAUAAUCAAGCUGUUUUAUCUUAGCGGCGUUGCAUCUUUCAGGUGCAUAAAACUGGAAGUUGGUUUAUCUGGAAUAUAUAUCAUAAUAAACUGUGCUUUCACUGUC